CGGAUUGUUAGGUUGUUAUAUUCACUUGAUAUGUAUGGGACUAAAUGUGAGCCAUUUGAAUUUUGAGCUCAUUGGAUCCUAGUCCUUUCUUCCACCUCAUUCGUCCCUCUGUCUUCACUUAUUAUUUGCCAAAUUCCUAGAUUUAUGACAAAAACCCCUCCCAUAUUUUUGUCAUCAAUCAGUGGAUUCAUUGACCGGAAUUUGGCGGGCUGGAGAUGGCACAACAGCAGCAGCAGCAGCGAGAUGAGGAAGACGAAAUUGUGUACACAUUGGAUGAAGCUCUAACAGCUGUGGGUUUUGGAAAAUUCCAGUAUUUUGUAUUGGGUUAUGCGGGUCUUGGAUCCAUGGUGGAUGCUGUUGAAGUUAUGAUUCUUUCUUUUAUUGGACCAGCUGUCAAGUCUCAAUGGGGACUUUCUUCUACCCAAGAAACUCUUAUUACUACUGUUGUUUUUGCUGGUAUGCUCAUUGGUGCUUACUUUUGGGGCAUUCUUGCUGACAAUUAUGGAAGAAGGAAAAGUCUUCUGACUGUGGCAAUAGUGACAACCGUCUGUGCAUUUCUGAGUUCCUUUUCUCCAAACUAUAUUUCACUGCUCAUUCUUCGUAUGCUGGUUGGAAUCGGUCUGGGUGGUGGGCCUGUAUAUGGAUCUUGGUUUCUAGAAUUCAUGCCUUCUAGAAAUAGGGGCAUUUGGAUGGUUAUCUAUUCAACCUUUUGGACAAUUGGAACAAUACUUGAGGCUUUAUUGGCUAUGAUUAUCAUGCCAAGACUAGGUUGGAGGUGGUUAUUGGCUUUAUCGUCUAUACCAUCAUUUGCAGCACUUCUCUUGUACGUUUUUACAGUAGAGUCUCCUAGAUAUCUAUGUGUUGAAGGUAGAAUAAGUGAUGCACAUGAUAUUUUGAGGAAAAUAGCUGUUGUCAAUCAGACAAAACUUCCCCCUGGAAUGCUUGUUUCUGAUCAAGUGACAGAGUUGAAUGAGGAAUUGCUUGGGUCGAAAGCAAACAAAAUCUUCAAUUUUAAGAAAGGAUUGUCUUCAUCCCUGAUGCUUUUAUCCCCAAAUUUACUACGAAUUACCCUUCUCAUGUGGGUGGUUUAUUUCGGAAAUUCAUUCUCCUAUUAUGGCAUUAUAUUGCUGACAUCACAGUUUAGCACUGGGGAAAAUAGAUGCUUCUCAGUUGCUUUGCAUGUGAAAAAUGAUUCAAGCCACUAUAGAGACGUGUUCAUCACUAGCCUUGCUGAGCUUCCUGGACUUCUUAUUUCAGCUCUAAUAGUGGAGAAAGCUGGUCGGAAAGUUUCAAUGGCACUGAUGUAUGUCUUGGGCUCCCUAUUCCUUUUUCCACUUCUUGUACCUCAGAAUGAGGUAUUAACAACAGCAUUGCUCUUUGGAGCUCGUAUCUGGAUCGUAGGGACCUUCACUCUUGCUGGUGUCUAUUGUCCAGAGAUUUAUCCAACCUCAGUGAGAUCAAUGGGUUGUGGAGUUGCAAGUGCUGUGGGAAGAAUAGCAGGGAUGGUCUCUCCUAUAGUUGCAGUGCAAUUGGUUAGAGGUUGCCAGCAGAUGGCUGCAAUUCUUUUAUUUGAAGUUGUUAUAAUUUUAUCAGCAAUUAGUGUUCUCCUCUUUCCAGUUGAGACCAAAGGGCGUGAAAUUGUUGAUCAUGUCUCUUUUGUAGGAAAUUGUAGUACCAAUUACUAGUUUAUGUUAAUGCGGGGAAUGGAUUAGCUUUAUAAUUCAUAUUGGUACGUGUAAAGGUGAUUUUAACUUUAACGAGUAUAAUUUCGUUAAUUAUGUAACAUCUUAUAUUAUCGAUGUAUAGAUAUAACCUAAAUCCAUUAUUUAUUCUGGACUAAUUUUC